AUGCGGAAGAGAAAGGCGUCGGAGGAAGAGGGAGAUGAAGUUGAAGAGAUUCUUCAGCCUGUGAAGCAAAUUGCUCCCAGGGCGCAGAAGAAGCUUAGAGCAGGGCCCAGCAAUCGGGCGGCCAAUAGUACUUUGAAGAAAUCAAAGUCGGCUUCAUCUUCUGCGAAGAGCGCAAAGAGGCAGAGGGACGAAGACGGGUGGCUUUACCCAAAACGACAACCCGAGCUCGUCCCUGUCCCGGCGAUGGCCAUGAAGCGCUUCUUCAGCGAAGAGCCUGAGGCUGACGACCCGGCCAAGAAGCAAGUCUUUGACAAGGGAAAGACCAGAUCCGUCUCUACUCCGGUGGUCAGCCAGCCGCCGCUCACUCCAGGCAAGUCGGCCAAGGCUUCUCGCUAG